AUGCUCCUCUUGUUCCUAUUGCUGCUCCAGCUGCUCCGGCUACUCCUGCUGCAGUCUCUGAUAGCACAAGUUUAUUUGUUUAAGAAGAUGCAAACAAGUAAAACAAUGGAAGCACUCAAUGAAAAGAAGAAACAAGACGAAUCAUUUUCAGUCAACAAGUGUCUCGAUGAAGUUGAUACAAUGGAACUUACUGAUGUGGAGAAGGCGUAUGCUAUGAAUAUCUUCAAAUCUAAGAUUGACAGGGAGUGCUAUCUGUGGAGGCAAUGUUGGUGGAGGCAAUAUUGGCAGAGACAAUGUUUGAAUUGA